UGGACGAGCGCGAGAAGCUCGAGGAGGAGAACUCCGCCAAGCAGCGCCGGCUAGACGCGCUGCGCGCGCGCGCAUGCAUCGAGGAAGAUCCGACCCCGGCAGCGCGGCACUGCUACAUGGACUUUGAGAUUGGGCGUCAGAUGGGCCGCGAUCCGCAGAUCACCCGUGGCCGCCUCGUUGUCGAGCUCUUCCACGACCUGAUGCCGCGCACAGUCGGCCGCUUUGUCGAACUGCUCGAGUCGCAGCACGAGCCCACCUACAGGGCGUCGCUGGUGUCAAAGAUCAUGCCGGGAGACUACCUGGUGGCAGGCGAUCGCGACACGCGGCUCGAGGGGUCGAUGCGACAGGACCACACCGCCUUCGUGCGGCAGAGCGUGAUGGGCGAGGCGAAGUGGCAGCUGCCGCACCUCAACCCGGGCAUCCUCUCCCUCGUCGACGGCCGCACGCCGCGCUUCCACGUCACCUUCCGAAAGAUGGAGGAGCUCGACGGCUGGCACGCCGUCUUCGGCAAGGUGGUGUACGGCUUUGACUUGCUCAAGCUCAUCUCCGAGCAAGGCAACAUCAACGGCGAGCCAAAGCAGCCCGUCGUGAUGACCGGCGGCGGAGCGGUGCCGGAGGGGACGCACCCGCGCGAGUUUCUGAAGAAGCUCGAGCAGCCCGAGGACCCGGAGGAGCACGGCUACAACAAGAAGGUGAUGCGCUACUCGUCAACCUACCGCCACACCGGCCUCAUCGGCCACUGAGGCGCAGUGCGGCGGCGCAGGGUCGCUCGGGCAGCGGGCGGGGCGCGGCGCCGGCUCGGCGCCACAAUUCGCCCCGCCGGCCUCCGUUGUGCGCGGCAGCUGCGGCAGGGGCGAGCCGCGAGGAGAGGAGGGGCGGAGAGGCCGUCGCGCCGGCGCCGCUCGCCUCACGCUCUCCUCCUACACUGCCCCUGGAGCCGUCGCCACGGUGGCGUCGAGUUGAGGGGAAUGACGAGAAGGUAUCCGUUUAUAGCCGCACUACGCGCGAGUUUCGCUCAUGCUGCCGUAUCCGCGCAGCGGCAGUGUGUGACAUUCAUUGACAUUCAUGUGGUGUGUAAGUGAAAGCCUACCGGCCGGUAAGAGUA